AUGGUGCCAGAUCUCAUCCGCGACUCAAUUGCUGGCCAGCUAGUGCGCCUUGCUACGGGUAGCAAAUUUCUCAAAUACCCGGAGGAACGCGACUCCUCUCUCAUCGACAAAUACAUCAACAAAGAGAAAUCCGCCAAUCUUGCCAGAACCGGAACUACUGAGUCUACUCCCGCUGCGGAGAAGUCAGAAACCCAAGAACCGCUCCAGAAUAGCUCUGCAAACUCAUCGAAUUCGACACUCGCUGAUCCAAAUGCCCUCGUCAAUGUUGCCAGCGGUGCAGCAGUCGAUCCUGAGAAGGGACGAGAUGGCGAUGUGGUCGACUGGUAUGGGCCAGAUGAUCCGGAGAAUCCGCAGAACUGGUCGAUACCCAAGAAGUUCUGGGCCACAUUCUGCAUCUGCUUCCUGACAUUCUCCGUUUACAUCGGGUCCGCCAUCUACACAGCAGGCAUCCAAGAUGUUACCCGCGUCUUUGGCGUCAGCCAGGUCGCCGCCACUCUCGGCCUGACACUCUUCGUACUUGGUUACGCACUUGGUCCCAUGAUUUGGGCACCAUUGUCGGAGAUUCCUCAAAUUGGCCGCAACCCCAUCUACAUCGGCACGCUGGCCCUCUUCGUCGUCCUUCAAGUGCCGACCGCUCUAGCGGUCAACUUCGGUAUGCUUCUGGCCUUCCGUUUCAUUACCGGCUUUGUCGGCAGCCCAUCUCUUGCAACCGGCGGUGCAUCAAUCGCAGAUAUGUACACACCCGCAAAACGCACGUAUGGCAUUGCUGUCUGGGGCAUCGGUGCAGUUCUAGGUCCUGUCAUGGGUCCCCUCGUUGGCGGAUUCGCAGCUGAAGCUAAGGGCUGGACUUGGACCAUUUGGGAAUUGACAUGGCUCUCAGGCUUUGCGCUUGUGGUGCUGAUCUUCCUUAUGCCGGAGACUUCGUCGGCUAACAUUCUAUACCGACGCACUCGCCGUCUUCGCAAAAUGACUGGCAACGACAAGUUGAUCUGUGAACCGGAGCUCAUCGGUGAACAGAUGACUAAUCAAGAGAUCGUCCGGAUGGUCCUCAUUCGCCCAUUCACCCUUGGUUUCUUGGAGCCAAUCUGCUUCGCACUCAACAUGUAUAUCGCUCUCAUUUACGGCCUGUUGUACAUCUGGUUCGAAUCAUUCCCCAUCGUCUUCGUCGAGAUCUACGGCUUCUCGCUCGGCACAGAAGGUCUUGCAUUUAUCGGCAUCCUCGUGGGCGCCUUCGUCGUACUGCCACCAUUCCUGUGGUGGUUCCACAAGUAUACCGAGCCCAAGUUUGACGAUAAAGGCGAAUUGACACCCGAGUGGCGCCUGCCUCCCGCAUUUGUCGGCGCGUUCUGUAUUCCGAUCUGUUUGUUCUGGUUUGCAUGGACAAGCCGCGAGUCCGUUCAUUGGAUUGUACCGAUCAUUGGAACAGCAUUUUUCUCCAUUGGCGCUUUCCUCCUGUUCAACGCUGUCCUCAACUACCUGGGCGAUGCUAUCCACAGUAAUGAUUUGAUCCGAUCGUCGUUCGGAGCAGGCUUCCCGCUAUUCGCAAGCGCCAUGUACAAGAAACUUGGCGUUGGAUGGGCCAGCUCUCUGCUAGGCUUCUUGUCCAUUGCUUUCAUUCCGAUUCCUUUCUUGCUCUUCAAGUACGGAGCAUCUCUCCGCAAGAGGAGCAAGAACGCUCGACAGGAUUGA